GUUCGAGAAAUACAAUCAGCAUUACUUCAUUGAACAAUACUUUCCCUUCUGCACAAAAGUUUCAAACAGCACAGUUCAAGGAUACCACCAACAACUACCACCAACAACUACCACCAACAACUGCAACCAACAACUACUUUUUUGAAUAAACUUUUUGCACAACAGCUUAAGCAACACAGUUCGAGAGUAAAAUCAAUCAAUGAUUAUGGACAGUAGCAACACAAUGGAUCCAAAACCAUCAUCUGGCAAUGCAGUCAAGAAAUCGAAAUCUCAAGUCAAGAGACCACGAGCUAAGAAGCCUAAGAAGUCUAAGAAGUCUCAACCUGUGGAGGAACCUCGGGGUGUAGACAAAGGAAUCGGAACAACUUGUCCAACUUUACUCACAGAGUUCACUCUCUUUCCUAAGUUACCAAUUGAAAUUCGCCGUCAGAUUUGGCGCUCAACUUUCGAAUCCAGAAAAGUGAGCCUUCAAGGGGGCUAUGUAAAAGUAGCGCCACCCGAUCAGCCUCUUCCCGUCAACUAUCCUUUAGAACAGCCACCGAACGAUUUUUUUGUGUACGGACCACCUUUCCCUGCCCCCAUCUGCCAAAUUCCAGCUGCCUUCGUCAACAGGGAAAGUCGCAAAGAAACACUCAUACAUUAUGUCCGACUUUACCAAGACCUUCAUUCGCCUGAGAAUGACGGCACAAACUUAAGAUAUCCUGGCACUAUCUAUUUCAACCCGAAAAUAGAUACACCGUUGAUCUACGCCAACAAAACCCAAUAUGCGUACAACAAAAUGAGCCUCUCCUGCCAGAGACUUCUCCCCUCAUACAAUGCAAAAGCCGUCGAGAUAAUGAACAGCGUCCGCAGAGUCGAUAUUUCUUUCAUGGGGUUCACCACAUCUGACCGCUGGUCAUACGACAUGGACAGCUGUCGCGAUACUCUAUUGAGAUUUGAGAAUCUUGAAAUGAUAGGAAUCAAAGAUGCCAUCCUCAAUUUCAACAUCAACUUCUUUCUCGGUCCCAACAACACUUUCAACCUUAAUCCCAAUCCCAAUCCUGGUUCCGCAUUCAAUGUGCAGUCUUUUGUACAUCAAUACUUCAGUCGCUCUUGCAAUUACCCAAAUGCAAAUGGAAAUCCAGUUCAAGUGGGUUAUUACUGAAGGAGUUGUCCCGAGGUCCCCUGAUGCAUAGACUUACAGGACGCUUCUGAGUUUGAAGAGAAAGUGUCGGGAUAUUGAUCAUGUGAUCAUAAAGAGGGAGCUGUAUUGGCUAGCUCGGACGCUAGCUCCUACCUAUAAAUGUACAUAGCUUUCCACGGUAAAUGAUUAAAAACAAUCACAACCACGAUAGACUAAAGUACUUUACACUUAAUAACCAAGUUGAUACCAACAUAAAGGGUCUAAGCAAUACACCAUUGUUUGCUUCACAAGAACCAAGGACUGGAUGGAGUUUCUGCGCAAACAGGAUGUAGAUAUUUUGUUCUCACAUUGGGUUUGAUUAUCAGUUCUCUGUAUAAUAGACUGUUACUGAAGACCA